UGCCGAGUCCCCGUGAUGCAGCCAGCCAAUCAGCAGCUCGCACCUGCACCGUAUGCAGCUCUGCAGCAACAAGAGGUCAGUCACUACACUUGGAAACGUGGAGGAGCGAGCAGCGCAGCAGCGACAGACAGACAGACAGACAGACAGUCAGUCAGUCAGGCCUUCAUACGCACAUAUAACAGACACGUUUCACCAGGAGGCUCGUUGUUUCCACGGAUCACGAUGCCGCUGAAAAACGGCAACAGCGUGGCCGCAGAGAGACGCAUGGAUCUGGCCUCGCUCUUCUGCAUGAUCGGGCGGCACGGUCCCGCCGUGGCUCUGGCUGCCAUAGCGAUGGUGUCCGUGCUGGCGGGCUUCAUCAUCUACCGGACCGUGAGGGGGAAGCGGAGGAAGGCCACAGCCGCAGCUGCAGCCGACGGGGACGGCAGGAGCCCCGGGGCGGAGAGGGACCCAUCGGUGGUCCAGCAGAGCCCCGAGGAGCCACACAGCCGCGUGGAGUCAACAGAUGUGAGAAGACACUCAUCAGACGUGAAGGAGGAUCUGAUUCACAGCGAUCUCAAAAUCAGACACCGCCGUGCUGCUGAGAAGACGCCUCCACCUUAUUUCCCUCCGAAGAGUGACAUCCAAGUAGCAGGCAACAAGUACCCCACGACAGAUGACACAGAGGAAGUGGCAGUUGUGUGGGACUCUCACACAGUAGCAGAGACGUAUGCAGAUGAGGCCAAUCAAAGCCUGCAAAGUGAUACUUACACAGAGGCUGAAACGGUGGCGGAGGAGGCUGUCGAUGGCCAUCAGGGUGCAACAGAUGACGCUGUGAAGGAUGUGUUGGAAGACGUCCAUGAUGAUAAUAAUAGCUGCUGGAAGGAGCCUGAGCCAAUUAAUGAAAAGAACAACGAGGAGGAUAACAAGGUGUUGACAGCAGAAUGCCAGGACGAUGAGGAUGUGACCACAGACAAGGACGUUUCUGACAACACAACCAGAGAAGAGGAGGAAGACUUUCAGUGUGCUUUGAACAAUCCAGUCUACUUUGAACAAGCCUCUGCAAUGAGUGAAAUAAGUGACAGACUACAAGAUGAUGAAACCACAAACAGCGUGCGCUUGGAAGAGCCUGUCAUUCAUACAGAAGAGGUAUCUGUUCCUUGCGUCUGCGAUGGCAAAGAUGAGGAGUUUGAGGAAGAGAAACCAGAUAGUAUCGAUUACAGUUGUUAUUCCAGCAAUGAUCAUCAAUCUCCAGAGGAGGAAAUGAAAAACGAGGAGGCAGAGGAGGAGUGUGUAGACCACCAAGCUGAGAUCUGGUCCUCAACCUUUGAACGACAAACAAACCUGCCAUCUACAGAGGAAGAUCAGUGUGAUCAUGUGACGGACAAGGUGGCGCCGGAAAGUGACUGGAAGGACGAUGUUGCUGAAGCUGAUGACGAAGUUAUAGAUGAAGACUGUUUGAACACACAUACAGCUGUCAAAUUUGAGCCCCAGAUGCCACACUUCGAAGAGCAAGAUGUAGAGAUUGAACACAUAGAGGAAAAUGGUGUUACGUGCGAUCAAGAGGAAAAUGGUCUUACGUGCGAUCAAGAGGACGGGGUUCUUCACGAUGACCAAGUGAAAGUGAAUAUUCUGUCGGAUGACAACAUUGCCCCCUGUUUCGAAGAAUGUGACCCUUCAAGUGUGUCACUCAGCUCUGCUUUGCCCUGUUUGAGUCCGCCCAUGAAGGUUGAUAAUCAAGAUGACAGUCUGGAAGAUAUCACCACUCAUGCAGAAGCUCAAAUCUCAAGCAUUGUAGAUUUCCUUGACUUGUCAUUGGAUUGUCCGCAACCACAGAAAGAAGGUAAAGUAGCUCCUGCUCUGGAUGAAGAAACUGAUUUUAUUAUUCUUGCCCCCGAAAUGAUGUCACAUGAGACAGAAAACCAGCUUGAAAACAAUGGGAAUGACACAACCAUGGUGUUGGCUGAAGAACGUAAUGACCAAGUGAAUGACCCGAAUGUUCAGUCAUGCGACAAAGAUAAACAAAGUGUCCUAGUGAUAGGAGAUGAAGCCUUUGAUGAGGAAAGUGUCGCUGCUGAGCCUGAUACAGUUGACAACUUAACUUCUUCUGUAAUCAUUGAAGAAAUGUCUUGUUCCCAGCUGGCAUCCAUUUGCCAAGACCAACAAAGUGACCACAAGGAAAAUGUUAAAACCUUUGAAGAGACAAGUAUCACUUCUGUUACUGAUUUAGCUGCUUGCAAUAACACAAGCUGCACUGCACUUUUAAGCUCUGAAGAAAUAUCCCACCACGACAUGUCGUCUUCCUCCAAAGACCAACAAAGUGACCACAUGGAAAAAAACGAAACUACUGUCGAGACGGAGGUUGCAUCUGCUUGUCUUACUUCACCUAUAAUGUCUGAAGAACUCUCCUGUCCUGACAAGUCUUCAUCCCAAGACCAAGAAAGUGACCAAACGAAAAAUAACGAUUUCUCUGAAGUCACAACUGGUGCUGCUCCUGUCAUGACUGAGGACAUUAACCCUCCCAUGUGUCAGAUUAACUUGCCGUCUUUCGAGGAGUUUGAGCUGAGGGAUAACGACGUAUCAUGUGCUGGUGUUGGGGAAGAGAGUGGGAUUUCAAGCAUGGCUGUCAGCCCUGAUGCUGGUAAAGAGUUUGAUGUGAUCUUUGAAAAUAUGGUGAUUCCAGUGAUUGAUUGUGUGGAACAGACGGAGGCUCAAAUCAGCUUCUUUGCUGAUGAUGCAGCCAUAUCCGUCAUUAAAGAGGAAACAGCAGGGAUGGUGUUCGGGCCUUACCCAUCGCAGCCACUCCACAGUGAGCACAAAGAUUGGACUAAUUAUGAGUCAUUGGCAGCCAACGAGGACACGUUUGGCCAUGAGGUUGAGGAUAGUUACCACAGAGCGAUGGAUCAGUUUAUGGCGCAGGUCGCAGAUGGCGUUAGUAGCUUCACCAAAGACCUGGAAAAGCAGACUCACGUGAAAGUAGAGGUUAAAGUAAAGGAAGUAAGAGUAAGUGUUGAAAAGAAAGAGGAAGCAAAAGAAGAAGAGCAGAAAGAAGAGGACUAUGAAAAGACUGAAAUCAGUAUCAUGGAGGCAACUAUGGACCACAAUGAAUGGAUCAUGGAUAGCAACUACCAACCCCUUCCCUGGAUGAAUCUUUCUGCCCCGUCUUUUGCCCAAGAUCACACGAAAACCAACCAGCUUCCAACUGAAGAGUGCAAUUACAGCUCAGCUAUAACAGUCACCACUUAUGCAGAUGCAACAGAUAUCCCACCGUCCAUUGAAAUCAAACAAACCAGCCCUCUCGCCCUUAUCGACCACAGUACGGAAAAUAACGAAAAGUUUGUGCCCGUGCAGCCCAUGCCCCAGAACGUCGACGUGACCUUCCGCGUCCAUUAUUUCACCCAAUCGCCGUACCAGAAGGUGGCUGUCACGGGGAACCAGCAGGAGCUGGGCAACUGGAAGGGCUUCAUCCCGCUAGAGAGAGCCAAGGACGGGCACUGGACCACGGUGGUCAGCCUGCCUGUGGACAGUAUCGUGGAGUGGAAGUUUGUGCUGAUGGACAAGGGUGAGGUGUGUCGCUGGGAGGAAUGUGGCAACCGGCUGCUUGAUACGGGUAACGGAGACGAUCUGCUGGUGCACAAAUGGUGGGGAAGAUUGUAAGAGAUGAGGGGUGUGGAAGGUUCAAGCUUUGAUACUUGAACCAGAGAGAAGUUUGUUUUGUACAGCCCGCCUUGAGGAUACAGUCUAUUCAAAUGACACCUAAUACUAAUUUAUACUGUAUCAUAUUAUAAAUACAUGCCAGUAAACAUUGAUUUGGCAAAUUUGGGGAUCACCAAAAGGGUCUACUUGUGUUUUUUAGAUGGCAAGGUUACUUAUAACCUUUGUUAUGGUUUUACAACUUUUUACGUUUAACCAUAUUUAGACACCUGGACAUAUUUUGACCUACAAAUUUUCCAACAUCAUGAUCCCCUGGGAUAAAAGUCAUCUAAUGGGACUUUUCUUAGAGGACUGCCCUCUAAAAGCCAGUGAUUGCGUAAGAUCUUUCAGGGAACUGAAAAGAUUGCUAUCAACGGACAGAAGCAUUACAUAAAAUGUCUUCCUUUUUUUCUGUAUCUGUAAUUAUGCAAAUUGCACCUCUUUCCAAGGGUGACUCAAUGCAAGUGUUUAAUUUGUGUAAAUUGAGACUUUAUUAUACUGUCCAUAUGCUGCUUAAAUACCCUCCAACAGUCUAUGAGAAUUAAUGCACAUAGUUCACUUUUACUACAGCAAUAAUGAAAGCAAUAAAUGUAUAUUGUAUACUGUAUAACUGGUGUUAUAUCAGGUAUUCUAAUGUGUUUACCACUAAACUGUGAUAUCGUUGUAACUUUUAUGCUGCUUUUAUCUCGUGGGACUGCAUGCAAGAUUGUCCCAUUGUUGUUCUAUGAAUGUGCCUUUUAAAAAUAAUUUUUCUAUUAAUGUGCUAUAAUAUAUACAAACAGCUUUGCUGGCCAUCAUUUUCUUCGUUUCACAACAACUUUUAUUGAAUAACUUAAUGUGUAUUGAUAAUUUUCUCAAAACAACUGUCACUUUUUUGUCAAGUUCUUAAUCAAUGUAGACUGUAGUCUCUAUAUCUCAGAUCAUGUCGGAGUAUCUUGUUAUGCAAUACCGUGAUGAAAAUGCUACUCUUGAAUGCUAUUAAGGUGGAGUUGGUUACCAAAUAAACAAAUCUUCCAAGUC